CAGAGAUUUAAGCAGACAGUCUUUUACUGCACUGUCGUGGAAAGAAAAUCCCUUUCUAGGCAUGGGCCUGAGCACACAGCGCUGAGAGGGGAAUGACAACUAUUCACAUGGUGAUUAUAUUUAGACAGAAAGUAAUUAGGAGAAGUCGGACUGCUAACCCAGACUGUGGUGGAGGCUAGCAAGACUGGAGAGCUCCAACACUGCAUGAGAUCACCAACGGAAAGUGCUUUUCAGAAAACAUCUCCAACUUCAACCUGCUCUCUGGUCUAAAUGUGCAUGGGAAGCCAGCUCUCCCUUCUAGGCCAGGCCUGAGCAGUGACGGGAUACUUCAGCUGCACAUCUUCAGCCGCCUCCAAUUCAUUUCUGAACAACUCCAGUGGCAAAGGUAUCCCAAGGGGAAAGAUUUACUGGAGGGGAGAACUAACGAAGCACAAAUUCUGAGAAGUUGGCAAAGUCAAUACCAGGCAAGUCUUCAUUAAUAUUCUUUCAAGGAGCUCCAUUGCCUCGACAUACCAUUAAUGAGAGAGUCCUUGUCAGUGGAGGAGGAUAGACACGCAGUUGUGUCACAGAGCAAGCCCUCAACCCUUCCAGAGGUCUCCCAUUGGUGCAAACUGAUUGAUGAGUGAUUUCUCGUUGAUCGAUUAGCCUUCCUCCCAGCUGAUGCAGUGAGGCCAGUCUGGUUGCUUCAUAUGAUUUGAGAACUUUUCAAGCACUAAUCAGACAGAGACAAAAGUUGUGAACUUUUUUUAAUGUGUUGCUGUUUUUUGAGUUAAGAGUCAACUCAACUGAUACAUUGGACUGGCAGCAUUCGAUUGGAACCUGUUGACAUGGCUCUCAAUAUAUCUUCAGUAAGGGACACAAAAUGGCUGACGUUGGAAGUGUGUCGGCAGUUUCAGAGAGGAACUUGCUCACGGAGUGAUGAGGAAUGCAAAUUUGCACACCCACCAACGAGCUGCCAGGUUGAAAAUGGAAGAGUUAUUGCCUGCUUCGACUCGUUAAAGGGUCGUUGUUCAAGAGAAAACUGUAAGUACCUUCAUCCGCCUUCUCAUUUAAAAACCCAGCUAGAGAUUAACGGACGCAACAACCUCAUCCAGCAGAAGACGGCAGCAGCCAUGCUAGCCCAGCAGAUGCACUUCAUGAUCCCAGGCACGAGCAUGCAGCCUGUACCUGCGUUCAAUGUCACCCAGGGGCUUGGUACGAGCCCAGGUCUCAGCUACUCUCCUUACCUUACUCCCAUGACCUCCAUGAGCCAUGGGAUGAGCCUGAUACCCACGGAGCUGCUCCCCAGCACCCCAGUCAUGGUCCCUGGAAGCCCCCCGGUCACACUCCAGAGCUCCAACUCGUCCUCCUCUUCCCCCUCCCAGAAGCUAUUGCGUAUCGACAAACUGGAGGUGUGUCGUGAGUUCCAGCGGGGGACCUGUGCGCGAGGCGAGACGGACUGCCGCUUUGCCCACCCCAGCGACAGCCCCAUGAUCGACACCAGUGACAACACGGUCACCGUCUGCAUGGACUACAUCAAGUCGCGCUGCUCCAGGGAGAAGUGCAAGUACUUCCACCCCCCUGCACACUUACAGGCCAAAAUCAAAUCCUCUCAACACCAGGUCAACCAUACGGCUGUGGCAGCCCAGGCAGCAGCUGCAGCCAUGACUCAGUCGACUGCCAAAGCAAUGAAGCGACCCCUCGAGGCAACUGUAGACCUGGCAUUCCCUUAUGGCUGCCUGCAGCCCCUUCCAAAGAGACAAGCACUGGAGAAGAGCCACGGAGCCAGCUCCUUCUUCAACCCCAGUAUGUUGCACUACCAGCAGGCUCUGGCCAAUGCACAGCUCCAGCAGACAGCUGCGUUCUAUCCCACAGGGUCCGUGUUUUGCAUGUCUCCUGCUCCCGGCGUUGAUCAUCCUCAAGUAACUAACAGGAAAGGAACAGAGUGUCAAGACGCUGCCCUUAGAGGUCCCAAACAGCCCGUCUGUAAAUACUACAUUUGCUCCACAAGAGAACUACAGCAACCUGCAUGCUGAGAAGAAGAUUAGAGGCAAUGUAUAACAUUGAGCUAUGGUAAAAUAUAUAUAUACUGAUGAUAUACCAGUGUUGCUAGGACUACUACCAUUACUGAUAUGUAAAUGACUGAUUUUAUUAUAUGUAUACACACAUGAUUGGGGAUUCUGAAAAUGUAAUUGUAAAGGUAUUCAACAAUUACUUUUAUGACCUUUUUAAUGUUUUGCUAAAACUACACAACACUCACCGAAAUCAAAUUCUUUUUUUUCUUUUUUUUGCAGAAAUGAUUGUGCAUCUAAGUGUUUGAUUCCUUUUAUUUGAAACACAGACCGUUGAAAAGCUCUCUUGCUUUUACUACCCCAUAUACAAAUGUACACUUGGCCUGUGCAUCAGGCUGGAAGGAGUGCUCUUGUUCUUGUAAAGGAUGAAUGUGACAGAGGAUGGGAUAGUCUGUUGUUUAUCUGAUGGUUGUUCUCUGAUUAUAGGAUCACUGCUCCCCCUCCCGGUGUGCCUUGGUCCCUUUAUGAUGAAGGAAUAAGACAUGAUAAUAGCAGAACAUUGAAUUCUUCUACCUUAUGGUGGCCAAAUGGCAGUGAUUAUAAUCAGCCACUAAUUCCAGAAUUGAUAAUGAAUCUAGCGAUCACUGGUUCCAAGUGUCUGUUUGCGCUGCACUGUUUGCGUUAUGUCUAUUGGGCCUUGAGUAUUUUAGCAUUCAUCCAAGAAACACCAUAUACCAGAUGUGCCAAUGACCUAGCACAGUGAUUUGGUGGGCUGAAAAUAAGCCACCUUAGAAGAACUGAAAGGCUGAGUAAGAGUUUGGUGAGCUAUUAGACAUUUAAAGGGUUAGGUGGUUAUACUCCGAGGCCACAGACAUUAAAAGAGGACCAGAAUGAUAAGACUUCAAAAGAAAGGUACAGUACAUGUGGUGAUCUUUGUUAAAAAGGCUUACUUACACAUGAUGGGAGGUCACUUGUUAAUCUGGUCUUAUUCUAACUGUAGAAUUGCCUAAAGUAAUGUAUAUAACAUGCAUCUUGAAAAGGCUCUGUGUGAAAAAAUAUUCCACAUUAAAUAGAAAACCCUCACAAUUUCUCAAAACACUCCACAGUCUCACAAGAAUCACUUCUGGAAGAAAAUGAACACCUGUUUUGUGUGAUGUGAAUUCAGUGCAUUGGUACUCUUUGUACAGUGGGUUAGUUUUUACUGCUUUAACUUUUCAUUGAUCACUGACUUUUAUUUUAUUUUAAAUGUCAAUAUCUGACAGAUCUGAACAUGACUGCUUUGGCAUGAUGUUCAGUGAGGGUUCAUUAUGUAACAUGGUUUAGCUUCAUGCUUAAUGAGUUGAACGUUUUUUGCGACUAAAAAAAGUGAUUGGAGAUGAGAUUAGAAAACUGGAUAUGUAUCGUAAUUCUAUGUUGCUAACUCAUUCUUCUCUUUAUACAGCUGUCUUUAUCAUAUCCUCACGUUUACUACAUUGAUAUCAUAGUCUAACAUCUUUCAAGUAGAAUGUAUCACAAUACAUGUUUUAGUGGUAGGACGUGGUCACAUUACAAAUGUAAUGAAACUCAUAUAACUCUACAUAUGUUAUUGUCAAAGCUUCAUUGUAUUUACAAACUGGUCUAUAAAACUAGCACUUACAAAACACAAGACAGAUUUAUCCACCAGUGCAAAGUCUAUACCUGUUAUUUACAGUAGGGUAUAGAAGACUAAUGAAGCCAGUUAUUUACAGAAGGAUAUAAAAGACAAAAAUAAAGUAAAAAAUAUUGAACUAUUUACAUUUUAUCUACACGUACCAUUAUUUUACCUUUUUGCUCAAACUUGUAUGUUUUAUUUGCUCUUGAAAUAACAUUUAAAAACUUCACACAGGUGCAAACUGUUACCCAGUCUUUCAUUCUCCCCUUUUCAUUUUGUGUGUGAGUGAAAUCUGUAGGUGUAAAAAAAAAAACAGUUUCAAGGAGAUUUUUUCCAUGAUGUUUGAUCAAUUCAGACAAUCAACAGUGAAGUCUCCUUUACGCAUGUCCUUACCAUCUUUGUCCUUUUCCAUCACUUUUUAUUUUAUUUAACAUUUUCAAAAAAGUUAAUUUUUAUGUAAUGUUUGAUGGAAAUAAAUGGAAUAUACUUAGUUUUAUUUGUUUAACAUUGUUCAAUAACUAAUGUUGUAUUCUAUUUUAAAAUGAAUGUAAUUUAUUAAGCUGAGCUUUGCUCUGCUGGUGGUUCCUCAAAGGACCUGUCCUGUCACGUUAGCCUAUGAAAAACCGUCUGUGAUCAGGGAUGGAAUGUUGGAGCUACCAAUGGCAAGCUUCCACAUCUCAUCCUUGUCACUGCCUUGUCACUUAUACAGGACAACACACUGCAGUACGAGCAAGGCUGUAGAAUUGCUUUUAUUAUGUAUAAAAACAGUUUAUUGUAUAGGUCACAGUCUACCAAAAAAUAAACAUUCAAGUAAAUGUACUUUUCAUUGUAGUACAGUAUCAUUUCAUAACUAUAUUAAUUUGUCUCCUAAAGUUGCAAUUACGGAAGCUCUGUAUUUUUGGAAAUAUGUAAUUGUUACGCUUUUCUAGACCACUGCAACACACUAGAUUGUAUUGCCGGAAUCUAAACAUUUCCUAUUUUAUGGCAAAAACAAUAUUUUCAGUAUCAUGUUGCCUUGGUAUCACAGUACUAUAUUCAUUUUGCAUUUGACAGCCUACCCAUGGCAUUUACAUACCCAUUAAUACAUGCUCUAAUCGUUCUAUUCCACCAGAUUAAAAAGUGUCCCUGGACUCAUACAGACGAGGGAAAACUCAAAAACGCACUUUUGUUAAACAUAUAGUCGUGGGUAUGGCUAAUGUGGCAGUGAUUGUCCUAAAUUAUGUCAGUUGUUGACCGAAGGCAUCUUUCACAAGAAAAAAAAUGUUUCUAUGAAAAUGUUAAUUUCAACUUGAUUUUUGCUAAAUGUUUUGAAUGUUAUUAUAGCUAGAUAAAUCUGCACCUGGAAGUCAGUCGAGAUUUUAGACCACCCAAUCAAGAGUUGGACAGUCAGAAUGUGUUCACUUUUACUGACCCAAUAGUAACAGGAUUCCUUAGCACUUUGUGAACAGUUGGUAAACUGAUCUGAGCAGACUAGCUUAUUAGUGAUCUUUGCCUUGCCUUUUGAUGUAUUGUUCUUAAGUUGUUAUGUGUUAGGACUCAUGAAAUAUAAGGAUUGUAAUUAGUCUUAUUGCAAUUUGUGAAAUAUGCUGUUUUAAUUCUCACUACAGUACAUUUUCAUUUUGAGGUCAAAAUGGUAGAUUGUAAAGAGUGCAGUCAAAUAUUUCACUGAGAAAAGCUUGAUGAUGAGAAAACUGACAGGUGCCAUUCUAAAUGGUGGUGCUACAGUUACUGCAGGGUUAUGUUUAAACUGCUGUGCUGGUUCACAUAUGGUUCCAUCUGUAGUGCCGUACUCUAGAACAGAGGGGAAAACCCUUAUUAAUUUUGAAUCUGUUCAUGUGGCAAUUUUAAAUGUUUUAUUUGUGCUCAUUUAUGUUAUAUACAGUAGUUUUGGUAAAUGCUAAAUUGUGUAAAAUCUAAUGUUAAAAAAUGAAUAAAAGUUUAAGUAAA